AUGGCUUACAGUGCUUCAAGUCUGUCCAUGAAGUUUGACUUCCUUCGUUAUCAUUCGUGCGGGAUGAUACGACUGAAAACGCGGAAAAAGUGGUGGAAGAGCCUGGUAAUAUUGGUGUUGUGUCUCUUCGCCUUGGACUACUUUUUCAAUAUCUUCGGCGUGUUCUUGAUUCUACGCUCCACGAAAUUUGACGCGUCUAUAUAUCCCGUCGAAGGAGACAUUGUUCCGUUGAUGCGCAGUGUAUGGCGUGGAGAAAAACCUGUCGUGUCUCCCGUGGUGCACCCAAAAGUCACUCUUCUCCGAGAACCUGUUUGCCCCUCGGCAGAAAUCCGACUUUUGAUCGUCAUAAAAUCUGCUUCCGAACACUCCGACAGACGUGAAGUCAUCCGUAGAACUUGGGGCUUUGAAAAGCGAUUUUCCGACGUGGAAAUACGCACUAUCUUUGCCGUAGGCUCGUCUUCGAAUAUCUACGUACGAAAUGCCGUGGAUAAAGAAGCUGAUGAAUUCCGUGAUCUCUUGUAUGCCGACUUUGUCGAUACUUACUAUAAUAAUACGCUGAAAACCCUGACCGGGAUUCGUUGGGCUGCGAACGCUUGUCCUUCGGAAUACGUGCUUUUCGUGGACGAUGAUUACUACGUUUCUGUGAAAAAUCUGUUAAGCUUUUUGCGACAUCCUGAUGAAUACCCGGAGGGUGCAAUUCGGGAAAAGAAAGAAACUUUGAAAGCUCGUGAAGCCAUGCGGGCAGUUGUGAACAAGAACCGAAGGCUGAGCUCUUUUGUCGAAAGCAACUCCGAAGAAAGCACAAGAUCUGGUUCUCUCGGAUUCCGUGAAUUAAAUUCUCGGAAUUUGCUUCUUGCGAGUGAUCUCAUUGCCAAGCAGUCAGUUGAGGAUAGUCGAUCAAUAGCGUUGAGUGAAAAUAUUUUCUUGUCCGAAGGUUUCUAUGUUGGGUAUUUAUUCAGUGAUAGUGUGCCAAAGCGAUCAGUGUGGAACAAAUGGUAUGUUUCUUUGGAGGAGUAUCCAUUCUAUAGCUUCCCGACAUACAUAACAGCCGGUGCUAUUUUGAUGGACCAUGCGACAGUGGUUCGAAUGCACUUAGGGACUUUAUUCACGAAGUUGUUCAGAUUUGACGACCCUUACUUGGGAAUCGUGGCAAAGAAAGCUAAAGUAAUGCCUAGGCAUAGUGAUUACUUUUUAUUCGAUAGGCAUUCAUUUUAUGACCUUCUAUUCGGGGUGAGGUUUGAACAUGUGAUAGCUUCUCAUGGGUACGGCGAAGGCAAGGAUUUAAUUCGUACCUGGGAAGAAGCGAAAAAGAAUGGACACGCAUAA